AUGGAUCCUGGACAGCAACUGCCUCGCUCUGAUGCCACGUUCCAGGCCAUGGCAGAAAACUAUCCAUGGGAUCUUCGAUACCAACUUAUUGGCCUUGGUUUUGUCUUUUACGCAUCCGUCUUCCUCCUUACUCACCUCCUGUGUACAUCACUGUCCUCCACCUACAAUGCACUGCAAGCCAAAGAGAAAGUUUUCUGGAACCUUGCAGCCACACGUGCAGUGUUUGGAAUCCAGAGUUCAGUAGCUGGUCUCAGAGCGCUUACUCAGGACUCUGAGCUGAGCAGAGACAUAGGGACUGGGCAAGAAGACUGGUCGUGGUUCAUUAUCCUCACAGCCACAGGGUUCUUUGUCUUCGAGAAUGCAGCAUUUCACACCUACAGUUUGGUGUUUCGGUCACUUGACCUUCCCCUGGCAACUCAUCAUUUCUUCGCCCUGGCAGGAUACGGAAUGGCAGUGACGUCAAAUUCCAGUGGCCACUUUGUGCCAGUAGUGGUGCUACUACUGGAGAUGAGCACACCAUUCACCUGCAUAUCAUGGAUGCUGCUGAAGGCCGGAUGGGCAAGCAGUCUUUUUUGGAAAGCCAACCAAUGGGUGAUGAUCCACAUGUUCCAUUGUCGCAUGGUCCUCACCUAUUACCUUUGGUGGGUAAGCUAUAACAAUCGGGGAGAAAUCAGCACCCACUUUCCCCUGGCCUUGCGGCUCAUCUUUUUCAUCGGACUGGCUCUGCUCACCGUUAUCAUUAAUCCAUUUUGGACCUACAAGAAGACAAUGCAACUGUUCAACCCUGUAGACUGGAACUUUGGCAAUAAGCCAGCACCUGGAACCAAACCCAUGGCUGAUUUUUCUUGCAAACCCCACGUUGAUUGA